CUUACCCUUUUCAGAGUUAACAAGGCGAAUCAGUCAUGAAAAGCAAACACUAAAAACAUUGUUCGUCAUUGUCUGUCAAGGAAAACAGAUCGGACAAUGACUGAUCAUAUCUUUGUUUUAGAGAAAAUCAUAAAUCCUGCUUUGUAGAAGAGUCCAUUUGAUGGAAAUGGUUUAAAAGAAUUUAGACGAGUGCUAAGAUGAUAGUCGAAAUCGCAAAAUUUGUGUUUCUGAUCAUUUCAACAUCACAUCUGCGAUCAGCCGAUGGCGGAACUUUGACGGAAUACAAAAAUGUUCAUUCCACGGUUCUGACAGGCUAUAAUACGGAUGCUAGACCCGUUACUGAUCAGAGCACCGCCAUGAACGUCACCAUCGACUUCUUUCUGCUCACAAUCGCCAACGUAGACGAAGUCACCGGUGAGCUGGUCACUGUCGGGAGUUUUAACAUUGCGUGGAAUGACGAAGUUAUACGAUGGAAUCCGGGUUCCUAUGGAGGGACUUCUUCGGUUAAAAUUGAUGAAUCUCUUGUUUGGAAGCCAUCGAUGACUUUUCUUAAUCCUAUGGUGACAAAUGUGGGUAUUCUAGGUUCCAAAGGGUCAAAAAUCACAUACUACGCUGACGGCAGUGCAUACUGGGACAUUGGUGAUAGGUAUCAAACAACGUGUGACUUUGACUCUAGAUAUUUUCCUUUCGACAAGCAAUCCUGCAACAUGAAAAUCAUGACCUGGGGCUAUAGCACAAAUGAAAUUUUAAUGUAUCCAAGAAAAGCCAUUGUCGAUUUAACUUACUUCACUGAAAAUGGAGCCUGGAUUUUGACCUCCACUGAAACCAAGUUUGAAACUCUAGCAUCAAAUUCAGUCGUAGUGUUUAGCCUAAAACUGGAGAGACGGCCGCUAUUCUUCGUUGUUAAUCUUUUUAUCCCGAUAUUCGUGAUGUUGUUGUUAAACACCCUGGUCUUUAUUUUACCGGCAGACAGUGGCGAACGCGUGGGAUACUCUAUAACCUGUCUCCUGGCGCUGGCGGUAUUCCUAACCAUAGUGUCGGACAAUCUACCGCAAGUAUCCAAGCCUAUGCCAGCAAUAGGGUAUGUUCUCGCUACUUAUUUGGUGAUAUCAUCUCUAAUUUGUGUGGAGACAAUCUUCAUUCUUCGUGUGCAUCAUCGAAACGAAGAGGAAGAAAUAUCAGCAACGUAUAAGAGAUUUUACAACUUUUUGUCUUGCCUUUCCUGCAAAAAACGUUCCAGAAGCAUAGAAAAUUCUAAUUCUGAGAACGAUCUCGAAAUUACAAAGAACUCGAAAGAACAACCUGAGAUUUCCUCCGUAACGUGGACGAAAAUAGCAUCGUGUUUGGACAGAAUCUGCUUCAUAAGCAGUCUGGCCAGUGUUGUCACCAUUGGCGCCAUUUUCUUCCUGUAUGUUGGCACGUACUCUUCAUAAACAAUGUAUAUCUUAUGCAUUUGGGGGUAUUGUUUUUACACAACAAUUAUCUUACUUUCGUUAUCUGGGACCCGUUUCUCAAAAAAGGCGUACUCGUACGACCAGUCGCACGUUCAGUCCGGACUAAAUCAUGGAUUAAAUCUGAAAAUCGGACCAACUUGCGUUUCAAAAAAAGGCGGAGAUUUAGUCUAGUAUAAAUCUUGGCUUUAAUCUACGUCUGCUUUUGGGUAGGUGUAAGUUCUCGUAAGUCUGUACACGUGCUGUUUUUAGCACUUGUGUUCGUGCAGUUUCCUUCUUUUUCAUUCUUUGCAUCGUCCCAUCUUUUCCCCACAUCAUUAAUGUCGCCGUCCCACAGGUGACUGAUGUAGACUUUAUUUUGUAUAAAAAUGAAAUAAUAAACAAGAGAUGUUUGUAAACACAUA